AUGUCUCGAGGUGGUCGAGGAGGUGGCCGUGGUGGACGCGGCGGCGGUAGAGGUGGAAGGCCUAAUGUGCCCUGGGACACAGGCGAUGAACCUGAUGCGAGACCAUCUGAGCUAUUUCCCCCAUACCUCGUCCCUACUCCCCGAGAACUCGCCUCGCACGAAAAAGCAGCUGUACAACAUUAUCUUCUACUACGGCAUCAAGUCCACGCCUCUCCUCUAUACACGUCCAAACGCACAGCUCUCAAUGACCCAACAGCACCCCGGAAACACUACGGCCAGGCACAGAAGAAUGCCCGCUUCGGCAUCAAGAGCAAGGCCUCCCUAGACCCCUUUACCGCCGUGCCUACCUACUCCCAUAAGUUCGUUCGCGAGGAGCGUGCUCUUCCAGAUUGGUCCAACCGUCCAGUGUGUCGCGAGCUCUUCCCCAUGGAACUCUACGAAACCAUCGACGCUGCAUCUGCCAACGAUGGUGGCCUUCCUGGCGGUUUCAAGCGCCGGAAGUUGGAGCUCAGUAGCGUUAGCGCGCUUCCUAGUGCCGAGGAAGCUUUUGGUAUGGGAGGUGAUGGCGAAGACGAGAUGCAGGGCCGUAAUCUCCUUGAACGGUUACAGGCGCUCAAGGAAGAAGAAGGCGACGAAGCUGGAGAUCUUGAAGAUGAAGAAGGCAUGGAAGAGGAAGAGCAGGAUGAAGUUUACGACGAUGAAGAUGCGGGCGAUUAUGAUGCCGAGAAUUACUUUGAUGGUGGUGACGAGUUUGAUGACUAUGGCGAUGAUGGCGGCGAUGGAGAAGGGACUUACUAG